AUGCCGGAUUUCCGCCCAUUUCAGCUCUUUUCUUUUCCUUCUCCGCGUCUGGUCUCUCCAUCUUCUUCUCCCCCUCCUGCGCCCCUCCUUCUUCUCUUCUGUCUCGCUUUUCUGGGAAAUUCUAUUCUCCUUUCGCACGGUGUCUCUCAGACUGUCCGCGCGCCUCCUUUCUCCGACUGCCAUUUCUGGUCCGAGGCUCUCUCUCCGCCACCACGGGCCUCUUCUUUUCCUCUCAAUUCCGCAGCGUCUCCGCCCGCGUUUUUCUCUGCUUUUUCUAGACUCGCCUCCUCAUCGGCCUCUCUGUGUGAGCCGAAAACCUGGGCCUUCUCGUCUCCUCUGCGCUUGUCGUCUCUGGGCUGUAAUUCGGCGUCUCCUACCAUCCCUCCGCGGCGCCAGAAUUCGUCACUGUCGAGAGACGGAGCCACGGCAGGUUUUGAAGAGGAGAAAGAGCUUGAAAGCGGCCUUUUUGCACAUCGAGAGAGGUUCACAUCGCAUCGAUUUGGACGCAAGAAGAAGAAGGAAGAGGAUGACGUCACACCGCAACCUCCCUUAGCGGGGAAGUGUCUCUCUGCGCUCCUGAGUCGCGGAGUCUCUCCAAGACCAGGUGUGUUUUUGUCUUUCCUCGUCUCUCCUCGCGACGCGGCUCUCUACUCGCCGGGUUCGCUGCCUCAACAGCCACCCCACUUUCUCUCUUCCCCUUCUUCUUGUUCAAAUACUUUUCCGGGGUCAUGGUCCGUCUGUUCGUUGCCGCUCCGACCGUCCGGGGCUCGUCCAGCUUCGGCGCUGUGGGCUCAACCUCCCAUCUCGUUUCCGCCGGGGUCUGUUUCUUCUUCGUCGUCUCCCUCGAGUUCUUCUGGUAGCUCGCUUCCCCUCCCCCGAGGCCGCAACCGUCCGCCAUCCGCUCUCUGGAGAGACCUUUACAGGCUGGUUUUCUUGCACCGCAUCCCGCGGAGAGCUUCGCUGAAGCCAACGAAGGAACGCGUUCGUCUGUUGCUUCGUCGGGUUCGGCUGGAGAGAGAUGCCGCGAGAGGGUCUGAAGAGGCGGCGAACGAGCGCGUCAUUUUUCUAUUUCAGGAUUUGGAUCAGAAUCUCGCGCAUCGCCUCGCGGCGCAUCUGCUUUUCUUCGACUCGGCAACCAGCGGCCGCGACAAAAGUGGAAAAGACGUGACGCACGCAGGCGACGCGCAGGCUCGGGCAGGAGGCGCCGCGAGCGCCAGGGAGCUUCCUCUCGAUUUCCGUGUCUCGUCUGCCUCGCCGUUGGAUGCCUCGCUUUCUUCUUCAUCUGUCUGCUCCACCGCUGCUGCGUCGCCGGUGUGCCUGCCUGAAGAGGCAGACGCGGCCGGUGCAGGAACAACAGCAGGGAGGCGCAGCGCCGCUGAAGAGGGCCCUCUCGAGGAUGAGAAGCCUUUCAUCAUUUUCUUCAACUCUCCAGGCGGCUCCCUCAGCGCCGGCCUCGCGCUGUUUGACGUGAUCAGAAGCCUGAAGGCGCCGGUCUACACCGUGAACCUUGGCAUGGCUGCGUCCAUGGCGUCGCUGCUUCUCGCGGCGGGGACUCCUGGUCGGCGCUUCGCUGUUCAAGGGAGCUCUGUGCUGCUGCAUCAGCCGGCGGGCCUCCUCGCAGGCCGCGCCGCAGACCUGAUCAGAGACUGCGGAGAAGUCGCGAAUCUGCACGCUCGCGUCGUGCGGCUCUACAGUCAGGUGACUGGGCAGUGUGCUGCAACUGUCCGCCGAGACAUGGCGAGGGAGAAAGUCCUGAACGCGGAGGAAGCGUGCGGCUACGGCCUUGUGGACGCGGUGCUGUCGCUCUUCUAG